AUGCUUCUCGUCGACACUCAACUCAAGAAGAUCGAGCACGAUGACGAUUUGAAAAAGCGGAUCGCAUUAUCGCGUCCCCAUAAGCAUUUGUCUUCUUCGCGAAUCUAUUUGGAUUUGCUGCGGAAAGACGACGUGCUUAAUCAUGGCGCUAUCACUAAUGAGCAUCUCAUCCGCCUACACUUGGAGCAAACCAACUCGAACUUGCUCAAGAAAAACGAUGUGCAUUUGGACUCGGAUCGUCGAUUGGCGCUCUACGCCUACACACACGACACGUUUAGUCUGCUUCUUGUUCCGAUGAUUAAGGAAAAGAAAGAGGCGUUGGGAUCGAUGGGUAAUGAUGCGGCGCUGGCUUGCCUCUCAGAUUACAGUCCGCUUCUCUUCAGUUAUUUCCAGCAGCUUUUCGCUCAGGUCACAAAUCCACCAAUUGAUCCUUUCCGAGAGCAGAUCGUGAUGUCAUUGCGUUGUCCAAUUGGACCGGAAUCGAAUAUGCUCGAGCCUGACGUUGAACUUGCUAGUCGUCUCAUUCUUGAGCAGCCAAUUCUCUCGAUGGUUGACAUGGAGGUUAUAAAACGAACUAUGUAUCGCGGAUGGCGUUCCAAAAUGAUUGACAUCACAUUUCCAGCGAAAUACGGUGUUAAAGGACUUGUUCCGGGUCUCGAUCGCAUGUGUUGUGAGGCAUGUACCGCUGCGCUUGAUGGUUACCAGCUUUUGGUUCUCUCCGAUCGUAAUGUGGAUGCGAACAACGUUCCCAUCCCAUCGCUCUUGGCCGUCGGAGCAAUCCAUCAAUGCCUCAUCCGUCAUCGCCUUCGUAUGAAGGUCGCCAUCAUCGUCGAAACCGGAGAAGCUCGCGUCGUUCACGAUUUCUGUGUGCUUCUCGGAUUUGGCGCCGACGCGAUCUGCCCAUACAUGGUGUUCGAGACGAUGUAUCGCCUUCGAAAUUUGGGUCUACUUGACAAAGAACUGAAUGACGAUCAAGUUUAUGCCGGAUAUCGUCAGGGUGUUGAAAGAGGAAUUUUCAAAGUAAUGGCAAAAAUGGGAAUUUCCACAUUGCACUCAUAUAAGCAUGCCCAAAUUUUUGAAAUUGUCGGUCUCGCACAGGAUGUCGUGGAGAUGUGCUUCAAGAACACUGUUUCCCGUCUUGGUGGAGCGACGUUCGAGAUUCUCGCCGCCGAAGCUCUCAAGAGACACAAAGCUGCCUAUCCGACUACAGGAGACGCGUCCUUCGGCGACUCGAAAACUUUGGUCGCAAGUGGAACAUUCCACUGGAGAGCCGGAGGAGAAAAACACAUUAACGAGCCAUUGGCAAUUGCCAAACUUCAAGCAGCCGCAAGGUUGAAUAAUAGCAAGACUUUCCAUGAGUACUCAAAUGCUUCGAAUCUUGCUCAACGCUGGUGUACACUUCGUGGACAGCUUGAGAUCAAGACGAGCGGAAAAGUGCAAAUUCCGAUCGAAGAGGUUGAGCCGGCAUCGGAAAUUGUUAAGAGAUUUGUAACUGGAGCCAUGUCGUUCGGAUCGAUCUCAUGGGAAGCGCAUACCGCUUUGGCUAUUGCGAUGAACCGCAUCGGUGCAAAGUCGAACACUGGUGAAGGUGGUGAGAAACCGGAGAGGUACAAGCAGGGACAAUCAAAGGAUCACAAUCUUCGGUCGGCCAUUAAGCAAGUUGCUUCGGCUCGCUUUGGUGUCACUUCCUCAUACCUUGCUAACGCUGAUGAGCUUCAAAUCAAGAUGGCUCAAGGAGCCAAACCUGGAGAGGGAGGAGAAUUGCCGGGACACAAGGUCAGCCAAGAGAUUGCUGACACUAGAAAGUCGACCCCAGGAGUCGGACUCAUCUCACCGCCACCUCAUCACGAUAUCUAUAGUAUCGAAGAUCUUGCUCAGCUAAUCUACGAUUUGAAAUGCGCUAAUCCAGUGGCUCGCGUCAGUGUGAAACUUGUAUCGGAAGCUGGAGUCGGUAUCAUCGCCUCUGGAGUUGCCAAGGGUCUUGCCGAUCAUAUCACCAUCUCCGGACAUGAUGGUGGCACUGGAGCAUCCAGCUGGACCGGAAUCAAACACGCCGGAUUACCAUGGGAGUUGGGAGUUGCUGAAACUCACCAAGUUCUCACCAUGAACAACCUUCGUUCUCGUGUUGUUCUUCAAGCCGAUGGUCAAAUUCGAACCGGACGUGACGUCAUGAUUGCUGCUCUUUUGGGAGCCGACGAGUUUGGAAUGUCGACUGCUCCGCUGAUUGUUUUGGGAUGCACCAUGAUGCGCAAGUGUCAUUUGAAUACCUGCCCGGUUGGAGUUGCCACUCAAGAUCCAGUACUUCGAGCAAAAUUCGACGGAAAGCCGGAACACGUUGUCAAUUACAUGUUUAUGGUUGCUGAGGAAGUACGUUACUUCUUGUCGAAGCUUGGACUCCGCAAACUCGAGGAUGCCGUUGGUCGCACGGACUUGCUCUACGCCAGCCCGAAUCCGGUCAACAAGAAGGCUACACUUCUUCAAUUCGGAACAAUCCUUAAGAAUGCGCAGCUAAUGUUCCCAAAUGUCUCUAUCAAGGGAGGAAGUGUGAAGCAACCAAUUGAGUUGGGAGCUCUUGAAACCGAGUUGCUCACCCAAAUUGAUGACGUUUUCUCGGAGAAAGGAACUCAUAAGGUAUUUGAUGACAAAAAGAUUACGAACUUGGAUCGCGCUUUUGGAACAAGAAUUUCAUAUGAGAUUUCAAAGCGAUAUGGAGAGGAGGGAUUGCAAGGAACGCGUUCCAUCACAAUCAACUUGAAGGGACACGCUGGACAGUCAUUCUGCGCAUUCUUGGCAUUGGGAGUGUCAGUGACACUUGAGGGAGAUGCAAAUGAUUACGUAGGAAAGUGUCUUUCUGGCGGAAAAAUUGUCGUCUUCCCACCAAAGGCGGCUGUCUACAAAUCGGAAGAAAACUCGAUCAUCGGAAAUGUGGCGUUGUAUGGCGCGACUUCCGGUGAAUGCUGGUUCCGCGGUGUGGCUGGAGAGCGAUUUGCUGUUCGCAACUCUGGUGCUAAUGCGGUUGUUGAAGCCGUUGGAGAUCAUGGUUGUGAAUAUAUGACUGGUGGAAGAGUCAUUGUUCUCGGAUCGAUCGGAAGAAAUUUCGCCGCUGCCAUGAGCGGUGGAAUUGCCUACGUGUUCGCAAACGAGGACAAUUUCACCCGUCUUAUCAACACCGCCACGGUUGAUCUUGAUGAGCCAGAUAUUGAGGAUCUCAAAUUUGUCAAGUCCAAAAUUGAAAAGUUCAUUGAGCUGACGGGCUCGGAACUUGGACAACGUAUUCUUGCCGAUUGGCAGAACACUCACAGCAAGAUUGUGAAGGUGUUUCCACGUGACUACAAACGUGUGCUCGCCGAGCUUGAAGAGAAGAAGCGUGUUGAAGCCGAGCAAAUUCAAGCUGAGAAGGAUGCUAACAUGUUGAGCGUUGAGCCUCAUCAUCGAACUCGCACAUUGUCGAUGGACAUGCAAAUCGCGCCAACUCAUCACCUUAAGAAGAAGAAGGAGAUCGUUAAAGGAAGAAAGUUGAGCAAUGCGAAUGAGCAACGCAAACGCCGUCUUUCGAUGAGCUUGAGACCGCAAGACAUGGCUGGAUUUGAAAAUGAGGAAGAUUUACAACAAGCCGAAGUCGAAGAGCAAGCCGACGAUGUUGAGAACAAAUCCGACAUUGAAGAUCUCUCGGAGGCCGAGGAGGAUCUCGAUGAUAGCAAGCAAACUGUGGACAUUGAGAAUUUGGCCAUUCCACCAAAUUUGCGCAAGAAGGAUGAACCAUUGGAUAAACUUCGUGGAUUUGUCAAGUACAAUCGUCAGACCAGAAUCUAUCGUGACCCGAAGAAGCGCUUGAACGACUGGGACGAAGUCUAUGACUUUGAAGCUAUUCGUAGCAACAUUCGCGAACAAGCCGCGCGUUGUAUGGACUGUGGUGUUCCAUUCUGUCAGGGACACUCUGGAUGUCCACUUGGAAACAUCAUUCCAAAGUGGAACGACUAUGUCUUCAAGAAGAACUGGCGUCAAGCACUUGAGCAGCUUCUUCAAACCAACAACUUCCCGGAGUUUACUGGACGUGUGUGCCCAGCGCCAUGUGAAGGCGCUUGCUGUCUUGGAAUUUCUUCGCCAGCCGUCACCAUCAAGUCAAUUGAGUGCGCCAUCAUUGACUACGCAUUCAUGCAAGGAUGGAUGAAGCCGCAGAAGCCAAGCUUCAACACUGGAAAGAGAAUUGCAAUUAUCGGAUCCGGCCCGUCUGGAUUGGCAGCUGCCGCCCAACUCAUCAAAGUUGGACACACUGUCGUUGUGUACGAAAGAAAGAAUCGUAUUGGAGGACUUUUGAGAUAUGGUAUCCCAACAAUGAAGCUUGAUAAAUUUGUUGUUGACCGUCGUGUCAGACUUCUCGAGCAGGAAGGUGUUCGUUUCCUCACCAACACUGAGAUUGGAAAACAUGUUCCCGCCGAUUUCCUUCUUAAGGAGAACGAUGCCAUCAUAAUUUGCACCGGUUCAACUACUGCUCGCGAUCUUUCUGUCGAAGGGCGUGACGCCAAGGGAGUCUGUUUCGCUAUGGAAUUCCUGGAGAAGUCGCAACGUCGUCGCGCCGGAGAUGAUAUUGGAUGGGAAGGUCUUGAUCCAAAGGAUAAGAAGGUUAUUAUUCUCGGAGGUGGCGACACCGCCACUGAUUGCAUUGCUACUAGCAACCGUUUGGGUUGCAAGACUGUUGGUGCUUUUGAGAUUUUGCCAAAACCAGCUGAUAACCGCAAGCCGGAGAACCCAUGGCCUGAAUGGCCAUUGAUCUUCCGUGUCGACUAUGGACACGAUGAGGCAAGAGCAUUGACCGGAGAAGACCCGAGAACAUAUUUGGUGUCGACCAAGAAGUUCCUCACUACUGUCAACGCUGCUGGUGUCAAGAUUCUUACGGGCUUAGAGGUCAUUGAUGUCGAGUGGCAAAAAGACGACAAGGGAGCCUGGAAGUUGAUUGAGAAGCCGGAGACCCUUCGUCAAAUUGAAUGCGAUCUCUGCAUUCUUGCCAUGGGAUUCGUUGGACCGGAAAAGACCGUCAUCGAGCAACUAGGACUUAAGACUGAUCCUCGUUCGAACAUCCUCACUCCAAAGGAUCAAUACAAUUCGACUCUUGCCAAGGUCUUCGCUGCCGGUGACUGCCGCCGUGGACAAUCGCUCGUCGUCUGGGCAAUUCACGAGGGUCGCCAAGCUGCCCGUCAAGUCGAUGAGUACCUCAUGGGCAAAACUGCUCUUGCCGGACCAGGAGGUAUCGUCGCUGCUCCAUUAACCCAUAAGAGCGCUAUUUAA